AUGCUCUUCAGCAAACGCUUAUUUGGUCCUCUUGUGCCAAGCGAUCUCAGUAGCGAUCAUCAAGCACUUCCCGACUACUUUGGCUCGACUCUUCCAGGAGAAGGAAAUUUUUUGAAACCGGAAAAUUUGGGUUUUAGGUAUUUGAUACCACGUACACGGGCUUGUGACUCUCCCGUACAACAGCAGUACCGCCCCGACGAGGUAGUCGUAGAGCUUCUCUGGGAAGCCGAAAAUCACGAGGAACGCGACGGGGGGCAAGAGAUCAUCUUUAUACCUGAUAAUGUUGUGCAUCAUUCAGUGGACGAAUCGUGCCCAGAGGACAUGGAUUUCACAGAAGUCUUUGAGGUGUUGUACUGCGACAGCGUUCGGGCUGUUUCUUCCACAAACACGAAAUUGGAUCACAACAAGUAUGAUGACGAUCACGAAAGCGUUAUCGACGAACCGUGCUGCAAAAGCUUUCCUCUGGCCGUUGUGAGGAACCGUGCACACAUCGAGUUCGAAGUCAGCACCGAGUUGAACGAUGAGUUCUUUUCGCGACGGAACCCAGGUAAACGGGUCGAUCAUCUACCGAUCGUUUACCUCAAUCUGAGGAGGACAAUGGAGGGCAGUUUGUGA